AUGUCCUCUCUAAUGUCAAUCAUAUUUACCUAUAUAUAACAAGCAUUGCUCACAAACACAACUCAUUGCUUCUUUAUAUUACAAAAGAACACAAACCCUAAUUACAAAACAUGGCAACAGAAGGGCUUGGGCUUGAGAUGACUGAGCUCCGUCUAGGGUUACCGGGCGGCGGUGGUGGAGAGAAAAAAGAGAAAAAGAGGGUGUUGUUGGAUAUUCUUGGUGGUGAUGACGGUGGUGGUGGGAAAAAUAGAAAUACGGGAGUCGCGGUGGGAUGGCCGCCGGUUUGUUCAUAUAGAAAGAGAGCUAUAAUCAAGAUGUAUGUGAAAGUAAGCAUGGAUGGCGCGCCAUUUCUUCGCAAGAUUGAUAUUAAUGGUUUCAAAGGGUAUUCGGAUUUCAUUAGGGCUCUUGAGAACCUCUUUGGUCUUGGUGAUGAAUGUGAGUACACACCAAUAUAUGAAGACAAGGAUGGAGAUUGGAUGCUUGUGGGGGACGUCCCAUGGGAGAUGUUUACAGAAACAUGCAAGAGAUUAAGAAUGAAGAAACGGGUAUAGGAUGGUGGACCUCAAACCAAAACUUGAUGAUUGAAUAUCGCAUGCUGAUUGCUGAGUAAAGACUGAAAUCUACGUUAUGAAGAAUGAAUUAUCUUUAGUUUGUUUUAAUUAAUUAAUAAUAAUGUCAUAAGCGUAUGUUUAUUUAUUAAUUAGGUUACUAUAAAGUUGGUGAUGAGGCUAUUAUAUAUGUACGUACGUAGUCAAGAAUGUUAAUCUCAUUGAUUGUAUCAAUGACAUAAUGAUUGUACGUCAGUUUUUUUCAUUU